AUGUCUGCCGCCCUGCUCAGCAAACUCCCCCCUUCGGUACUCGAGCGCCUCGUCCCACUCCUCCCCUACCUGCGCUACAUCCCGACCCGCAUCCCCCCCAGCCUGAAAUGGCUCUUCCUCGCCGUCCUCCUCCUCAACAUCGACGGCCUCCCCGGCGUCUGGCACAUGCAAAUCAUGUGGCCCUUCAUCCGUUUCCGCAUACAACGCGCACUAGGCAAGAAGUGGCCGAACUGGAGGGUCGGGAAGGACAUGUUUGAGUUCACGAUGACGAGGGACUUCCGCGCCACGCCCAACUCGAGCGACUCGUUUGGGUUCCACUUGUCGAAUAGCUCGUACGCUUCAACGCUCGACCAUGUCCGCGGACCUUUCGCGAUCCAGCUCGUCGGCGACGCCUACGGGAUCCCCGGCAUGACCUUUGCCCUCGGCGGCACCUCGUUCGAUUUCAAGAAAGAGAUCCCGCUCGGCGCGAAAUACGAGAUCGAGAACCGCCUGCUGGGUUACGACAAGAAGUGGCUCUACAUCCAAACGACCUUCCGCUCUCCCGUCUCCCCUCGCUCCCGCUCCGCCCGCGACCCAACAAUCUACUCCACCGCCCUCUCCCGUCUCGUAAUCAAGCACAAACGUCGCACGAUCCCUCCUUACCGCGCUUUCUCACUCACGGGGUAUGGACCGAAUGGGAAGGAGAAUUGGGAGGUCGUGAAGGGUAUGAACAAGAGGGAGAAGUUGGGCUGGCUUGUGGGCGAUGAGGAGGAGGGGAAGGGGAAGGCGAUUAGGUGUGUUGAGGUUGAGAGGGGGAUGGAGAAGAAGGGUGAGUGGCCCGGACAAGUUGCGUAG